AUGCAGAAGCUAGGCACAGGUGAUGAAGCUGGAGACCAGGCAGCAGCAGUUGAAGCUGAGGGCCAGGUAGCAGGUGAAGCUGGAGACCAGGCAGCAGGUGAAGCUGGAGACCAGGCAGCAGGUGAAGCUGGAGACCAGGCAGCAGGUGAAGCUGGGGCCCAGGCAGCAGUUGAAGCUGAGGGCCAGGUAGCAGGUGAAGCUGGAGACCAGGCAGCAGGUGAAGCUGGAGACCAGGCAGCAGGUGAAGCUGGGGACCAGGCAGCAGGUGAAGCUGGGGCCAGGCAGCAGUUGAAGCUGAGGGCCAGGACAGGUGAAGCUGGCGGCGCAUGCCAGGCAGGUGAAGCUGGAGACCAGGCAGCAGGUGAAGCUGGGGCCCAGGCAGCAGUUGAAGCUGAGGGCCAGGUAGCAGGUGAAGUUGGAGACCAGGCAGCAGGUGAAGCUGGAGACCAGGCAGCAGGUGAAGCUGGGGCCCAGGCAGCAGUUGAAGCUGAGGGCCAGGUAGCAGGUGAAGUUGGAGACUAG